AUGAUUCACAUAGAAUUGUUUUUCCUAAUUAGCGCUGUUUCAUGCGCAACAGUCAGUAAUUGCCUAGAUAAUUCAAAUAAAAACAAUCAACCAUUAGUUGUGGAUCGCUCUGGUUAUGAUAUCAUCAGAAACAGCGCAACCCAUGAUCAUUUUAUGUUUACAACAAUUAGUGGUCCGAAUUUCACAAAGAAUUUGCCGACUCUUGGAAAUGGUCAUUUGGGAUUUACUGUUCUUUCCGAUGCCGUUUACAUGAACGGUCUUUACAAUGGCUAUAAAGGACUUAGUCAUCGUGCGAAGAUACCAAACUUUGUCAACAUUUUAUUAGCUGAUUGCCUUAUCAAAAUAUGCAAAUAUUCUUUGAACAUUGAGCUUGGAUAUUUCGAAGUAAAGUUUGUUGUUGAAAAGCAAUUUAUUGUUCGCCAUUUGAUUUAUGCUCACAGAUUUUACAAUCGUGCAUUGAUCAAUCAAAUCCACAUUCAGCGUUUGGAGUCAAAAGAUGAUAUUAAUUUGAAAUUACAUAAAAAUCCCGGAAACGAUGAAGCACUAACAAAAGUAAAGACGGCACAGCGAUCAAGAAAUGAAAGGUCCGUUAAUGACGUUAAAAGCAAUAAUUUUUCCAACAAUAAGACCAAAAACGUCAACAAUAAAAAUUCUCGAUCAACACUGAAUGCCGUCGAGAAAGAUGAUCUGGAAUUUACCAAAAAUGAAACAAUUGAUUUCGAUGGUAUUCGACUUUAUAUGCUUUGUGGUCGUAUAAGGGAACUGGAGAAUGGUGGAAACGAACGAAACGAGUAUAACGAGGAUGAAAUAAGUGGAGAGGAACCACCACGACAAGAAGAAGAUGUUUGUGUUUUAUGGAAUCACGUUCCAGAAGAAAUCACACUCUACCAAACUUUAUCCUCAAUUUCUUAUAAAUUUGUAAUGGCUGUUGAUACACAAGCGGCUGAUGUCAGGCAGGAAAUGAUGGAUGUUUUUCGGAUCAGCGACGAUGAACUUUUUGAAAGCCACAAAAAUGUUUGGAAGAAAUUUUGGAAAGAUUUUCAAAUUGAUGUUGAUGGAGAUGAUGAAUUGCUUCGCGCAAUAACUUCCAGCAUAUUUUAUUUAACAUCGAGUUUACCAUCGGUGAUUACAAACUUACCACAACAUCCUUUCUAUGGUCUCAGUCCAACGGGAUUGGGACGUGGUGGAAGCAAUUUGAAUGAUUAUGAAGGUCACAACUUCUGGGAUACCGAAAUGUUUAUGCUCCCGCCUGUCGCUUUGAUCAAUCCAAACUGGGCGAAAAAACUUAUCGAGUAUCGGUUUAUGAUGUUAAAUGCAGCGAAAAAUAAUGCAAAUGCUGGCGGCUAUCGGGGAGCGAGAUUUCCAUGGGAAUCAGCGGCGACAGGAAUUGAAGUUAUCCAGCCUGGUUAUGAAUACAUUGCCGAAUAUCAACAACACAUCAGCGGUGACAUCAGCUUCAGCCUUCGUCACUAUUUCUCUUUAACUCACGACAUCGAAUUCAUGAUGUCUGAAGGAUGUCAGUUGGCAUUGAAUAUCGCAGAAUUCUGGGCGAGUCGCGUCACAUUCAAUGACUCUACUGGGUUCUAUGACAUCAACCAUGUUAUGGGCCCUGACGAAGAUCACAGCGAUGUUAAUAAUAACGUCUACACAAACGUUGUUGCUAAAUACGCUCUGGAGUUCGGCUUAUUUUCCAAAUAUUUGUGUGGAAAACAAAGUCCUGAUGUUGAUUUACUUCAAAUGAUGUCAAAGAUAAAAAUUAUUUACGACGAUCUUCUUGAUUAUCAUCCACAAUAUGAAGGUUAUAAAAUUGGAACAGAGAUUAAGCAGGCUGAUGCCAUCUUAAUCGGUUAUCCGUUAAUGUUUCCCAUGAAUUAUUCAACAAGAGUUAACGAUUUGAAGUUCUAUGAAAAUGUUACAAGAAGCAGUGGACCUGCAAUGAGUUACUCAAUGACUGCCAUCAACUUUCUCGACAUAAAUGAUGAAGUUAAAGCCAAUGAGAUGCUUUUGAAAGGUUAUAAAACAUUCAUAAGGCGUCCAUUUAAUGUGUGGAGUGAAGUGGAGCCUGGUGAGAUUGGAGCCACCAAUUUUAUCACUGGAGCUGGAGGGUUCCUUCAAACUAUUUUUAAUGGAUUUCUAGGAAUUCGAGUGCAUCUCGACCACUUUGAAAUUAGAAAUCCAAGACUCCCUCAGAAUUGCACAAGACUCAGAGUUGAAGGAUUUUCUUACAUGAAGUCAAAGUUUGAAAUUGAAGUUUCGGGUCAUUCGAAAUCUCUCAGAUUUGUUGAAGUCCAUGACAAACUGAUUUUGGAAUCUCAUGAUGAUGAAACAAAGUUGGUAACAGUGAAUGUGUCAUAUGACAUCACAAAUAACAUCGUGACAAAUAUAAAACCAGCUUAUGACCCUUUCAAUGAUUUCAUUCAUCUAAAUACUGUGUAGAUACAAAAAAGCUUUACGAAUGAAAGAUCUUCCAUCAUUACCCGUUAUAACUUAUUAACUUUUCUACUUAAUUUCAAAUAUAUAAUGCCAGAUG